AUGGAUGAAUGGAAUUUCUUCUAUUACUCUUCCUUUUCAUUCUAUCUAUCAUCUUUCUUACACCCUCUUUCUUUUACACUGUCUUUAUCUUCUUUCUAUUCACAUGUGUCUUACCCUUUCAUUUUUAAUCUUUCCACAUCAUUCUAUCCUCAUCUUUUUCACAUUUUCAUUUUUUCUUUCUUCAUCUUUUUUACACUUUCUUCUUUGACUCUGUCUUUUUCUUCAUUCUAUCCUCAUCUUUCUCACACUUCCUUUUUACUCUGUCUUCCUCUUCAUUCUAUCCACAUCUGUCUUACCCUUUCUUCUUUCACUGCAUUUCCUCUUCAUUGUAUCCCCAUAUUUGCUUACCCUUUCUUCUUUUACCCUAUCUUUUUCAUCAUUCUAUCGUCAUCUUUCUCACACUUUCUUCUUUUACUCUGUCUUCCUUUUCAUUCUAUCCACAUUUGUUUUACUCUUUCUUCUUUCACUAUCUUUUCUCCCCAUUGUAUUCCCAUCUUUUUUAUCCUUUCUUCUUUUACCUUAUUUUUGUCAUCAUUCUAUCUUCAUCUUUCUCGCAUUUUCUUCUUUUACUCUUUCCUCUUCAUUCUAUUCACAUUUGUCUUACCCUUUCUUCUUUCACAGUCUUUCCUCUUGUUAUUGUCAACUUCUCAAACUUUACUGUCUUCAUCUUCAUAUUAUCUUCAUCUUUCAUCUUUGACACUGUCUUACUCUUCAUUCUAUACUCAUCUUUCUCACAUUUUUUUCUUUUACUCUUUCCUCUUCAUUCUAUCCACAUCUAUCUUAACUUUUCUCCCUUCACUGUUUUUCCUUUUCAUUCUAUCCUCAUUACCCUUUCUUUCUUCAUCCUCUGUUUCUCUUCAUUCUAUCUUCAUCUUUCUCACUUUCUUCUUUUACUCUGUCUUCCUUUUCAUACUAUCUUCAUCUUUCAUCUUUGACGCUGUCUUACUCUUCAUUCUGUCCUCAUCUACAUCACAUUUCCUUCUUUUACUUUUGCCUCUUCAUUAUAUCCACAUUUGUCUUACCUUUUCUUCUGUCACUGUCUUUCCUCUACAUUGUAUCCCCAUCUUUCUUACCAUUUCUUAUUUUAAUCUGUCUUCCUCUUCAUUCAUUCCUCAUCUUUCUUAUCCUUUCUUUUUUUCCUUGACAUUCUCUUCAUUCUAUCCACAUAUUUCUUACAUGUUCUUUUUUUACUCUGUCUUACUCAUCAUGUUAUCUUCAUCUUUCAUCUUUGACACUCUCUGUUCUCUUCAUUCUGUCCUCAUCUUUCUUACCCUUUCUUCUUUUACCGUCUUUCUCUUCACAUCUUACUCACACUUUCUCCUUUUACUGUCUUCCUCUUCUGUCUUCAUCUUUCUUAUCCUUUCUUCUUUUACUCUUUCCUCUUCAUUCUUUCCUUAUUUUUGUAGCCAUUCUUCUUUUACUCUUUCUAUUCUCUCUUAUCACUUCUAUUAG